AUGAAAAUUGAUAUAACUUAAAAUUCUGAAAACAACAUCAUAUCAUUUUGGAAUUUUUAAAAUAAAUCAUUAUUGAUUUAAUAAAUCAAAAUCGAAUUCAAUAUUUUAUUCUUAAUUGUCUCUCCUAGUUUAUUUAACAUAGCAUUAGAUUAGACAGAAAAUAAGUCUAACAACUGA